AUGGGUACCACCUCCCAUCUGCUGCAAGUCACCAGCCUUCCCUCCUCCUCGCACGAUUCUAUAUCAUGGACAAUCCAACUUACGCUCAAUGGCAACAUGACCCAACCCGAACUGCCCUUUCGCAUUCCAGUUGAUGUUCAGGAAGAAGCGGAAGUGUUUUGGUACCUCGAGAACUACACGAAGUCUCCUUUUGACGCUGACCGCGCGGCCAAAGCGGUGCGUCUGAUGAAGAAGUACACUGCCUCGCUUGUUGAGCAGCUGCAUCUCGAGGACGUGAUUUCGGGAUUGAAAGUCCAGGAUGGUGAUGAGGACCAGAGCAUUUUGAUGCUGGAUGUUGUGGAAAUGAGGGAGGACUCUAAAGGGAUACAUUCGUCGCCUUCAAUCCAACGAGUUUUGUGGGAGCUGUUGGAACAACCCUCCUUGUGGUCGACCAAGGUCCUAGUCAGGCGUCGACUUGCGCUUCCCAAUACCACCUCGACUCCCCGAAACGGUCACCUUCGACUCUGGAAGCCUUUUAACUCCCCCUCGGAAUCACACUAUUCCCUCAACCUCUUACUUGUCAUUGCACGCGACCUCGACCCUAACAAACCUGAAGUUGACCCAACUAUCAGUCUUAAACCACUAAUCGCACUACAGGAUGAACUCCGAGAAGCUGUUGGGGUCAAGCCGCGGCUGUCCUUGGAAAUAGUUCGGCCUGGUACAUACGCAGCAUUACGGAAACAUCUACAGAUUGCUACCAUGAGGCAUGGCAAGGGGUAUCAUCACCUGGUGCAUUUCGACAUGCAUGGUGUUUUGCGGACGCGCUCGACGGACAAGAACAACGCCUCUUCCUCCACCCAGCCGCUUACAGCCGGCCUAUCAUUUGCCCCUAAGACCCACGGAUCCCCAAUGGACUUCAUCCCCGCCCGCAAAGUCGCCAUCCUCCUCCGCGACCACGGCAUCCGCCUCGUCGUCUCCAACGCAUGUCAAUCUGCAAACGCACGAACUGCAGGUACCGACGCCAAUUUAGCUCGGGUGUUCAUUGAGGAAGGGAUUAGCAACGUUGCGGCGAUGCAAGCGGACGUGAUGAGUGGUUCCGCGACGUCAUUCAGUGCAAAUUUCUAUCGGGGUUUCUUGCAGAGGGGUCUAUCGUUUUCUGAAGCAGUCCAUGCGUCCCGGGAGGAAUUGAGGAAGGAUGGGAUUCGGAGCGCGAGGUUUGGGUUGGAGGUUGCGCUUGAGGAUUGGAUGGUGCCUGUGACCUACCUCUGUGGUGCUGACGCGAGGAUUAUGCCGCCAGAAAUGACUCCAUCUGAAGACUUUAAAGUUCCAGCGUCAAUACUCCCUUCUUUUUUUUCGUCAUUGGCCGGCUUCACCACAACUCCCCCCGCUGCCAGCAUCGAUCUGAUUGGUCGUGGGCGAGACGCUCUUAACAUCGAGAAAGACUUGAUCGAGUCUAAAAUCCUCAUUGUCACGGGACAGGCGGGUGUGGGGAAAACGGCCCUUCUGCGCCAUCUUGCGGGCGUUUGGAGAGCUACAAAGUUUGCGGAACGGGUGAUCUAUGUUGAUUUUGCUCAACCGCCGUUUCUGGUGACCGUUUCCGAAGCAAUUGAACGGGCGAAGAGUGGUGGUGGACCUAUGACGUCCUUUGCUGGGAGGGUCAGUGGCUCGCUUUGGGGCUGGUGGACACAGGACAAGACAGUUACUGCGGAGGACAUGGCACAAUUUGUUGAGGAUUGUCAUGAGCACUCUUCUGUCCUUAUUUUUGAUAGCCUCGACCUCGCACUUUCUGCACUUUCUCCUAGGGUGCGCUCAGGAUCUCUGAAUGACGAUCGGCGUGCGGAGUUAUCAGCGCUUGUCGACCGUCUUGUCAACUCUACACUCAAACAGGGACAAAAGAAACCGAUGGUAAUACUGCUCGGAAGAGCUGGAGGCCUUGAAUACUGGAAUAACCGCUUCGAGACUAUCAGCAGCCGUGUUUUCAAACUCAUGCCUUUGGAUCUCCCCUCCGCUGUGUCUUUGGGCGGCCGAAUUCUGCAACAAGCAGGCGUGAAGACGUCGAGCUGGAACAUCAAAGAGAUGGAAAUUCUAUAUAGGUUGGUUAACCUCCUGUCCCGGAACCCACUUGCGCUGGAGGUGGUCUUACCUCAUGUGGUGACUGAGAAAUCGUUGGCAAAUUUUUAUGAAACGAUUCAUUUCCACCUCCUCGCCUCGAGCGAUAUCUGGAAGUGUAAACCAUCUACCCCGGGCGCUGAUCGCAUCUUGUACGAUAUCGACACAUUUUUUAUGCGCGCCUCUUAUCAAAUGCGGAAUGUUCUGCGGUCGUUCAGCCUUUUUUGGAUUGAAGGCCCUGCACUUCCCGUUUGUCAUACCGUCCUGGCCAAGGUGUUUUCUCCUGAAACGGACGAAGAUAAGUUCUGGGACGUGCUUGAGACUCACCUGCUGCUAUACGCCGCCCUCGGCGCAUGGGAUUUGGAAGCCGCCACGAAGGGCAUAGUCGAGAUUCACCCGCUUUUCUCAAUCUACCUCCGUAGCAAACUGUUUGGCUACCUUCCAUUUGAAAAGAAGCUCGAUUUCCCGACUCUUAUCACGAAUUUUGGACGGAUGUUAGACGAGUCCCACAAAUCACUUUCGCUCCAGCUUGUUGGAGGUUCCCUCGACUUUGCGUUGUUAUGCAACGUCCACAAACGGUCGUUGGCUAACAUUGUGACGUGUCUCAAGUGCUGCUUAGCCAACCGUACUGCGGAGGAGUGGCCUAUGCAGACCGUUUACGUUUUCAUCGAUUCCAGUCGGUUUGCGUUCCGCGACUCCGUCCCAGAUCAUCUUUUUUUCUUGCAAUAUCUGGAACCUGCGUUGAGGUAUUACGUCCUGCAAUUUGGGGGUCCCCUGAAGUGUCUUGCCCCCGAAAAUCUACCAUUCGCGCUAAAACUGUCUAACCACCUUACUACCAUGUACCUGCUCGAUGCAGGUUUUGUUCCGGACAAGGCAGCACGGCAAGCGCAAUAUUCCCUUGAGUUGAUCAAAGCAUCCGAGGAGAAACACCCACCACUUUCUUAUCCCCCCGACAUGUUCGAAAAGCAGAUGGCUUUUCGUCUGAAGGCUACUAUCUCUCUUAGCCAGAGAAACUUCGCAGAAGCGGAGAAAUUCUGGGACCUUCAGACCGAGUUGGAGACGUUUAUUCUAGGCCCGAAUGGCUAUCCAUCCACCGUAACCGCGGGCAUGGCUACCAUUAAAAAGCAGUUUGGCGACACUGCAGCUGUCGCAAAUGCAAUGAGCGUAAUCACGAGUAAUGCAGACACGGCUACGACGACGUUCCUUCCAGCCCUUGCUGAGCUCCGCCAAAAGGCGUGGUCUGAAAUUGUGAAAUCUAUGAAAAGCGCUGGCCCUGACGAAGAUUUGAGGCACAGCAUGCGCCCUUACGUUCAGCACUUUACUGAUCAGAUAUCAGGAGCGACAUCCGGGGUCAUGUCUCGCGUUGUGGACGUAUCCAAAGACGUGGGUUACGAUGUGGGAUAUGUUCAAGAGGAAUAUGAUCCCCAAAGCUGGCAAAGCGACCUCGAUGAAGCUCUUGAUCAAGGCGAUUCCGCUCGUGUGUUGAGAAUCCAACAAAAACUCUUGACGGAGGAUUUGCAAUCGGGUAAUUUCGCCAGUGCUAGAAUCCAUGUUGAGAUGCUCCAACAGCAUCUGGAAACCAUUCCUAACCCUCCACAGCGUCCUGUUUAUUGGAUAUCCCUCGUCAAAACCAUGCUGGAGGCUGUCAAGGGCAUGAGCGACGCUGAACGGUUGCAAGUUGCCGACGCGAUACGCAUGUUCAACGCCGAUGAAGGCUUUGCAAGUAUUUUGAAGGAUAUCGCUGAAAAUAUCGAAAGUAGAGCUGGGAUUAAUGGAACGAGUGUAAUUUAG